UUGUAUCGGUUAUGGUUUUUUUUGAAUACUAUUUUCGAUAGUUCAUCCAUAAAAUCAAUUGGCAAAGAAAAGUCGAGUUAUUCGAACUCAAAUGCUAAAAAUGCCAAAAGGAAAAUAGCUGCAAUUGAAGAAAUGGCUAGUAAGAAAAUGGGUAGAAAAAUCGAUACCAUUUAUGCAGGUGUUAACUUUGAGUUUGGUGCUCUUGAAAUUGGAAGUAAAGAUGACCAAACAAAAGAAAUAAAAGAUGGUAGAUUAAAGCUUCCUUUUGUAAUGAAAGAUAUUUUGCUGAAUAUUGUUUGUAAGGUUCCAGGUGUAUUAAAUAAAGUGCAUAUAAUAGGAUACUGUAUUAAUGGUAAUAAGCUUGAAUUUUUAGAUAUGGAUUGUCCUCAAGGAUAUGUAACGAGAGUUCGAAGAUUGAAUCAAAUGGAGUAUCCAAUAGAUUCAAUAGAUUUCAUAAAUCGUUUACGCCCUCUUAUGGAAGUGGCUUAUAUUGAUAAAUUUAUCAUGGAACAAACUUGGACAACUAUUAAAAGACUAAACAAUUUUCUCUUUUAAAUACAUUUUGUUCUUUGUUAUUUUUGCCAAAACAUCCAAACCAUUUUUCCGCUCACUGUAUUUUGUUUGAAGACUU